ACACAGACAGUGGGGGGGGGCACGAGAGGCGCAGGCACAGGGAGGGAGGUGAAAACAGGCCAACGUAGGAUUAAAGAGAAACAGAUAGAAAGGUAGAAAAAGGUGCACAUAGGCAUCAGUCAGACAGGUGAACAAAGACACAGAGAGCGAGCAUCAUGGCGCUGAUCCCCUCGCAGGUUCUCCGGGUCGCCAUCCUGAUGUCAUAUUUCUCCAUCCUCUGCCACUACAAAGCGUUAGACAUGCCGGCACACCAGACCUACGGGGGCAGCUGGAAGUUUCUGACAUUCAUCGACUUGGUGAUCCAGGCGGUGUUUUUCGGACUGUGCGUCCUGAUCGAUGUGUCCAGUCUGCUGACUAGGACUGGCGACAGCAGGGAGCAGGAGCGGCAGCUGAAGAAGCUGAUUGGCCUGAGGGACUGGAUGAUGGCCGUACUGGCCUUCCCUGUCGGAGCGUUUGUGGUGUUCACGUUCUGGAGUCUCUACCUGUACGACAGGGAGCUGGUCUACCCCAAACUACUGGACAACUUCAUCCCUCAGUGGCUCAACCACGGCAUGCACACCACUGUUCUUCCCUUCAUCAUCAUCGAGAUGCGGACCACCCACCAUCGGUACCCCGGCAGGACGUGUGGUCUGGCGGCCGUGUGCUGCUUCGGCGUGGGAUACAUCCUCUGGACAUGUUGGGUGCACCAGGUGACGGGCGUGUGGGUGUACCCGGUGCUGGAGCGCAUCACUCCGCUGGCUCGGGUCGUCUUCUUCAGCGCCAUGACGGCGGUGAUUUGCGUUUUCUACACCCUCGGAGAAAUCCUCAACAGCUACAUCUGGGACCAGCCGCACACAGAAAAGGUCAAAGGUGAGUGAUCUCCUCUCGACGUUGCGGGCGCAGGAGUCGGACCUCAGUCGGACAGAAGAGGACGAGCCGCGCCCCCCCCACCCCCCCACCCACCCAGGACAGCACAAGAACAGACAAACAAGCGACCUCUGGCGGAAGUGGAAAAGACCAUUUACCCUUUGAACUAUAACCGAUAACAUAGAAAACCAUCCGUUAAAUGUAAAUAUAGAGGAAAAGGUGACCAAUGAAGUCGAAACAUUUUGUUUGUUUGUGUGUGUGUUUUACAGUGGCAAAAACUAAGCAACCGUCUGGCUUUGUUAUGUGGAGGACAGUGGACGAAACUCUCAAACGACAUACUGCACGCACACACACACGCACACACGCACACACACACACACACACACACACACACACACACACACACACACACUAUCAGUAUUUGUAAUCUGCUUUUCUGGUAUGAACUUCUUAUCAUAGUGAAUGAAUUCCUUCAUCAGCUGCUACAAAACGAACAUUAAUAAUGUGUUAAGCAACAUUAUUAUUCUGAUCAUCUCAUGAGUCACACUACACACUAGAUGUUGGUACAAAAUCAAUAAAGCUCGAGUUCCUGUUCCCCA